CCGCGCUGCAUUCUGGGCCGGCAGCAGCACCAGAGCCAAGAUGGCGGCCAGCAGGAGGCUGAUGAAGGAGCUUGAAGAAAUCCGCAAAUGUGGGAUGAAAAACUUCCGUAACAUCCAGGUUGAUGAAGCUAAUUUAUUGACUUGGCAAGGGCUUAUUGUUCCUGACAACCCUCCAUAUGAUAAGGGGGCCUUCAGAAUUGAAAUCAACUUUCCAGCAGAGUACCCAUUCAAACCACCGAAGAUCACGUUUAAAACGAAGAUCUAUCACCCCAACAUCGAUGAAAAGGGGCAGGUCUGCCUGCCGGUAAUUAGUGCUGAAAACUGGAAGCCAGCAACCAAAACCGACCAAGUCAUCCAGUCCCUUAUAGCGCUGGUGAACGACCCCCAGCCCGAGCACCCGCUCCGGGCUGACCUAGCUGAAGAAUACUCUAAGGACCGUAAAAAAUUCUGUAAGAAUGCUGAAGAGUUUACAAAGAAAUAUGGGGAAAAGCGACCUGUGGACUAAAAUCUGCCGUGAUUGAUUCCAGCGAGUGUGAGCAGAGACCCCGAGCAGUGCAUUCAGACACCCCGCAAAGCAGGACUCUGUGGAAAAUUGACAUGUGCCACCGCCUGGCGUCUGCUUGUGGCAGUUACUAACUUUCUACAGUUUUCUUAAUCAGAAGUGGUCUAGGUAACCUGUAAAGAAAGGAUUAAAAAUUUAAGAUGUUCUAGUUCUGUUUUCUUUGUUUUAAAAAUCACUGCUUCAAUCUACUUUAAAAGAAUGGUGUUUCUUUUCCUGUCUAAAUUUAUCCCAAAUCUUCAAUUUAUAUUUAGCCCUAAGGUUUAAAAAAAAAAAAGGAAAAAAAUGGUUGUGGUUCCCCUCUUCCCUUGCCACUCCCACCUUCUUGCAUUUAGUUUGUUUUCCACUCACUGGCUCCCCAAGCCCAGGCACCGCCUCCCGCAGGAGAUGGGACAGUGCUGGCAUGUCUGCUCCUCUCCUCCGUGCUGCACAGCCUGGUGUGGGAGUCAGUUCAGAUCUUGACUCUGACUUAUAACAUCCUUUUAAGAAGUUUAAAAAACAAGGAACCACCUCCACCCACCCACCCCUCCCCCCAAAAAACGCCGUGGAAAGGGAGGUCCAGCUCUUCUGUAAAACUCUGAUCAGAUGGGCAGCCUCUGAAGUCUGUGUUGUGAUGGAACUGUAGCCCAGCCGGCCUCCUCUAGGGAAACCCCCCAACACCAGGCCUGUGAUGGCCCCAGGGGGGCCCGCCAGCCAAAGGAUGGGGGACUCGUGGGAGGAAUUUAUCACCAGAGGCUCCCGAGGCCACAGGUUGGCGCUUCUCCCUGCAGCUAUUCUAGAAGAUGUCCGGGUCAUUGCAGACUAAAACCAGAGUGUCCAUUUGAAAUUUGAUGCUCUCCUAUCACUGCGCUCCACCCGACCAGCCAACUUGGCUCUGGGCUCCCUCUUGCCACCUCGGUGCAGCAGGCCUUCAUCAGCACGGUCUGACCCUCUGGCAUUCUCCACUGUACCGGUACCAGCCUGGGGUUGCUGGCACCCAGCUGGCCCUGACUUCGGAGCGUCCGGCCGGCCCAACCAAGGAACAGGACGGCCUUCUCCUCCCUCUGGACUCACGGCCUUCGCAGAGUCAGGAUCUACUCGAAGCUCGCUCAGUAAUAUCCUUUACAUGUUUUAUAUUGUUUUGACUGCCUUUUUUUGUAGAAAUAAAAAUUGACCUUAGAAUUUAUCAUCAGA